AUGCUUACGCGCACCAUGCGCCACGUGCGCCUCACUGGCCCAAGCAAGGGUCAAGUGUUGCUAUGGCGGGCACCUCUAGAUCUGCAACCGCGGUUGCGUGAAUAUUGUUUAUCUGCACCUGUAAAAAAACAGCUCAAAACUGAGAUGGAGAAGAAUGGGGCGCUUGGAGGCUCUUUUGAGGAGCUGGAGAAGACCCAGGAGAAGUCAAAGAAAGCUAAGCCGACUACUAGGGGUGCAUCUACUAACCAUCUAUCGGCAAAUCCUGACAAGAAAGCCUCGCAAGAUUCCUUAAAGCCGCAGGUACACAACGAGAAAACUGUUCCCGAGAAGGACGCUAAGGCGAAAUUUCACGAAAACGCAGCAAACUUUAACGCCAAAAAGUGUGACACCAACAUGGGAAGCAGUGAGAAUGUUGAGCAGAUUGGUGAUGUUUUGGACGGCGCGCGAGAGUUUGUUCGCAGAUAUAUUGCAGGCCUUAAUUUCAAAGAAAUCAAGCUAAUUCACCCAAGCAGAUGGCCUGAAUUGCGCGAUGAAUGGAAAGAGGCAGCACAAAACCUUUUUGGAAAGCGAGAAAACCAGACGAUUGAUGAGGCUUUGGCCUCUGUUAGAACACCUUUAAUGAAAACUAAAAAAAAAACCACGAGCGACGUCGAAGAAAUGUCGAAGUACACUGGUACCAGCGCGUUGGUGACUGUAAAAGAUGAUGAGAGCGCCUGGCAACGUGUUAGCGCUCGCUUUCGUGAGGCCCCCAUCAUUAAAAGUAUCUUAAAUGCUGCAAAACAGGCAGCGCAGACAGAGACCGGGAAGAAGGUGCAGCAAAAAACGAAGCAGGUCAAGGAUAAACUCAGCGAUGCCCAGGAAGAAGUAUUGGAAGUUUGGGAAACCAGUCAGAACCCAUGGGUGUACCGUCUCUCUUCCAUCUAUGACGGACUAUUUGGUGAAACUGCGAUGGGUGUUGCAAUAAAAGAAAUUCGCCGAGCUGAGCCGAGCUUUAUUUUGGAGGAAUGGAAGGAAAACAUUGAAAAAAUUGUACUACCCGGAGUGUUGGAGGCAUUUCUUCGCGGCAACAGCCGCGAUCUGAAAAAUUGGUUUGGUGAGGCGGCUUAUUCGCGUGUGAAUACUGCAAUUCGUGAGCGCAAGUCGGAGGGUCUUAUAAUGGACCCACACGUGCUCAGCAUUGAUCAUGUGGAAGUGAUCGAGGCGACGGCUGAAGAUAAGCAGGCCCCUAUCAUCCUCAUGCGUUUUCAAGCUCAACAAAUUAAUUGCAUUCGAAACCGUGAGGGGGAUAUUGUGGAAGGAUCCGAGGAUGAGGUGCUGGCGUACUACUACAUUUUCGCUUUCCAACGCAACUACGACGAAGAACAAGAAACCCUGAGGUGGAAAAUUGUCGACCUUCAUAUGCAGCGAGGUGGGCGUUAUUAUUAG